UAUUCUUAUUAUCCAUCUUUGUCUCACGCAUUCCUCCUCAGCUCCUUAUUCAUUCAAUUCUUUUCUCCUACAUUCUUUGCAAUGCGAUCCUUUAAAUCAACCACCAUUCUUCCUUCCCCAAUUUCAUCUCGAUUAAUCAUGCAUACAAAUCCAAUUUCAUUCACAUCUUUUGCCUUUUUUAUUUUCUUCCUUCUUUCUAUAGGGAGAUGGAGAAUAUCAGAGGCAUCAAGAGUGUUCACACUCACAAACGAUUGUAGAGAGACCAUAUGGCCAGCCAUAAUACCAGGCGACAGCUUUUUGGGAGGAGGCUUUCCCUUAAAGCAAGGCCAGUCCAGGGUCUUCACUGCUCCCAUUGGAUGGUCAGGCCGAAUAUGGGCUCGGACUGGGUGCAACUUCGAUCAAAGUGGAAAUGGCACCUGCGCCACUGGUGCGUGCGGCACAUCUUUGAAAUGUGGUGCCGCCGGUAAGCCACCCGCAACCUUAGCGGAGUUCACACUGGCAAAAGUAGACUUCUACGACGUGAGCUUGGUGGAUGGGUUUAACAUACCAGUGUCAAUAAAACCCUUACACGGGGCAGGUAACUGCACAACUGCUGGGUGCAAUCAAGACCUUAGAAAGAAUUGCCCCAAGGAGUUGUCUGUUAAAGACCCUAAUGAUCGUAGCAAGACGGUGGCUUGCCGGAGUGCAUGUGACGUGUUCGACACCGAUGAGUAUUGUUGUAGGGGACUUUACGGUGGUCCAUCGGUUUGCCAUCCUACUUAUUAUUCAAAGUUGUUCAAGCAAGCUUGCCCUACUUCUUAUAGCUAUGCUUAUGAUGAUCCUACCAGCAUUUUUACCUGUACUGGCACCGAUUACAUCAUCACUUUCUGUUCUUCCAAGUCAAAGCGUGCGUGCACGUACCAUGACAAUAAACUAAUUUGCAGCGGUUUUAAAAUGAUGGACUCACAUCUCAAUAAAUGGUGGUCUUUCAUGUUUGCUCUAUUAUUCCUUGUAACUUUGUGAAGUAUUUAAUGAUUAUCUUGUAAAAUUCCCUUUGUUCCGAUCCUUUUGAACUUGGGUUUAUUCAUUGUAAUUUUUUUGUGCCUUUUAUUUUUGUUGGAAUGAAGGAGGAAGGAAGUUUGUACUUGUACAUGGAAAAUAAUAAAUUGUUUGAAUAUCAACAUGGAACCAGAGUCAGAAGACCAAACAUGCAUUUAUAUAAUGGAGGUUUUUUUUUUUUUUUUUUUUUUUGGGAAGGGAUUUUGUAUUGGAGGUUAUUUCUCAUUUUGUAGAUAUUAAUAUUUAUGUGGCCGGUAUAUGAAAUGAAGUCAUUUUAAGGGAAAAACUAUUUAAAAUAGAAAAUAUUUUCGAUCCUUUUUUCUAUAAUAUUGAUCUUCGUAUUGUUCUAGACAAUAAUGUCCCUCCGUUUUUAUUUUUUAUUUAUUUUUAAACGCAUCAGUUUGACCGGCACAUUUGCUAAGACGUAAAUUAACCAAUAAUAUCUUUAAUUGUCUGUUAGUAAAAAUUGUAACAAAAUGAUAUUGUAAAAGUAGACAUUGUGACAAAUCUAAUAAUAGCAAAAAAAUUAAGUGAACCAUAACAUAUGAAUAGUGCAAAAUUCAAACAAAUAACUAUGGUCCAUGGCACCAUCAUUUCAGGUUAGCUCAUUGGUGUAAGAUGUAAAUGUGAAUAUAAAUGAUACAAUUGAUUUUAUCCUCUAAAAAAAAAAGUUGAUUGUAUGAAAUAUAUCAU